GCACUUAGUCUGAUCCUGGCUGUGUUCCCUGCCAUCGCAUUAAGCUCUACAACCACUUAUUGCGAGACGGUGUCCUCCCUCAUAUUUAAGCACCUGCCUCCCGCUGUAGCGCGUAUUGGGAUAUCGCUGGCGAAGCACGCAACGGGGCUGCGGGAGGAGCGGAGGCUGCAAAGUGAGUUGGUGAAGGCUGCACAGAAAGUCAGUGGCAGAGCAGGGGGCAGGCUCCGUUUCCCAGCGUGCUGGAAAGCAUUGACCCUGGCUUCGCAAUCGCUCUUUCACUUUUUCCAUUUGAACUAAAUUCCCGAGCGUGAUGAUUUAUUGAUAACUCGCAAGACUGUGGUGUCCGGAGCCGCAGUGACCAGAUCCGUGAUAAGAGGAGAGGGAGGUUGAUGGCCCUGACCCUCCUCUCCCUUCUCAAGUUGCGGCUGUCUCCGGAAGAUGCUGCGGGUUGAAGAAACGUCUCCUUUCUCCUCUUCCUCUCUCUGCUGGACCGCGGUGGGGCUCAGCUGAGGUCCGGGCUGCGCUACAGCUCCACGCCCGAGCCCAGCGGGGCGGGCAGCUCCAUCUCCGAGCAGCGCAACCUUUCCGGCAGCGUGCCGGCCGCCCUGCGCGGAGACGCACUGCGAGAGCCGCCUGGAGAGCGGGGGGAACCCCGGCACCGGGGGAGAAGUGGAGGGAGGGAGGCAGAGAAAGGAGAGCCGUGAUACCGCGCUUCCUCCCCGCCCGCCUCUGAAGAGGAGUGGGAGGGUUGUUCCGAAAACACUCAGAGCCGCCGCUGAUCCGGUGCGGAGCAUCAUCCUGCCGGCAGCUGGAGGGCGGUGCGCUGCCCGCUGCCCUCCGGAGGCUCGGAGCCAGGUCCCCAAAGUGAAGAGAACAUUCUGAAAUGCAGAAAGGCUUAUCUGCAGCCGCAAAUGGGAAUCUGGAAUAACUAUGAAAAACACACUGAAAUAAUUGUGUUUGACUGGAACAAAAUUCUUGCGAAGUCCCCAAGGAUGAGAUUCUGUGCCAAAUCAAUGCUUCUAUCUGACUGGCUCUUUCUGGUCUAUGUGUUAAUGGUCUGCUGUAAAUUGCUGUCCGCCUCUAGCCACCAUCCCCGGGGACAUACAGGCCAGCACCAAGUCAAGCAAGGGACAUGCGAGGUUGUGGCAGUGCAUCGUUGCUGCAAUAAGAACAAGAUUGAGGAACGAUCGCAAACAGUCAAGUGCUCCUGCUUCCCGGGGCAGGUGGCUGGGACAACGCGGGCUCAGCCCUCAUGCGUGGAAGCUUCUAUUGUCCUGCAGAAGUGGUGGUGUCAUAUGAACCCCUGUUUGGAUGGAGAGGACUGUAAGGUACUACCAGACUAUUCAGGGUGGUCUUGCAGCAGUGGAAAUAAAGUCAAAACCACAAAGGUAACACGGUAGCAAAGAAUAAACCUGUGUGUCCUACUGGAACAACACUGCGUGUGCAACUACAUUGCUUGGCUGCUAGACAGAGACCCUGUUUUGUGAGGGUGCUACUGACUUCAUUCUUUGAACUUGCAAACUGACAUUGAAAGGAACAGCUCUUCUUUCAACUGUGGCUGCAGUUCCUGAACCUGGAUUUUCCUAUACAGAGCAAUGAACAUUUAAAUUGGUGAGAAAACAUGAGGAGAUUUGGUUCUACCUGAAAUGCACCUUGGAUUCUCCAGCUUCUGCCACCUGGUAGCAAUUUGUAGAAGCACAAACCUGAACUUCUGCAGUACACCAAGGACAAAACUUUCUUUGUGAUGCUGAGAUAUCUAAAAUUGCUUUAAAAGAGUUUAGCUUAUGGAAUUAACCUAGGAUACCAUAGAAAGAAAAUUCUCACGUUGGAACCAUUAUGGGUUUGUCUGAAGUACUUCUCACAGUACAACAAAAAACUAAAAAGCUGAUCCCAGUGCUGACAGGACAGUGUUAGUAAAUAAGUGUAUUUUCAGCUGUGAUUUAGUAGCUAUCAAGGUUGUUAGAAAGUGAGAAGAUGGCACUUCUUAUAAAUCAGUAAUGAUUAUAGUAAGGCAUACUUUGGUUAUAUCUGUGCAAUUAAAUUUAUUUCCUUAGGUAGUUAUAGGUACUUUAAUUUUUACAUUCACAAGUGAUGGCAGGGAAGCAUGAGGAAGAGGCAAAAUUUGAAAGUAGAUAGUUUUUGCUGUCCUAAAAUAAAUCCAUUCUCUAGGGGAAUAGCAAAGUAUAUGUAUCCCCUGCCUCUUUGAAUCUAGAUAUGGAAAAGAAUUUAGCCAUUAGCUAGAAAUAUGCAUUCAGAUGCCUCAGAAAAAAAAGUAGAAAAAGAAAAAGAAAGAAAAAAAGCGAGCAUGCUUGCACUGCAUAAGGAGGGCUUACUGGAAGGAGGGUAAUUUGUUCGGAUUUUCAUAGCUUUGGUUAUAUCCUAAUAGGUAACAUACUUAAAAUUCAUGAGCAAAAAUCCUAGAUAAAAGUGAAUCUUCGCUUUCAAUUAGUUCUUGUUUAGACUGAUUAUAAUAAUUAAACGUCCAGUUCUUUGACAGACUGAAUUUCCAAGUGAUUACAUUUUGUGACACGUAAUUGUUCCAUAUUAUUGUAGAUGCAUUUCAUACUGUUUUUCUUAUUUGCCUGUUGCAGUUUUUUGUCAUCAGUCUUCAUAAAUAGAACAGUAAGUAGAAGUGAAGCUGUAGCCAGGCUGAUCCCCAGUAUAUCAUUUUGGACUUAGGAUGCAUUAAAACUGACUGAAAUGCAAUGAUGCAGAUGGAUAUCUUGCAGAUGAACUGCUGCUGACCCAGCUACUGAGCUCAUUGUUAUGCUUUAUGUAAAUAGAAGGGUAACAAUGUAAAUCUAAUUUUAUAUAGCUAGAAAAGACAAAAAA